AUGGGAAGUUUCGAUAGCGCUCAGGUCUGUGAACUCUUCGGACUUUUCAUUCUGAACACACUCGAGAAACGCUUUGGGAAAAACGUAGGCCUAUACCGUGACGACGGCUUGGCUGCCCUCAGAACAACAACAGGCAGACUUGCGGACAAAGCGAGGAAAGAGUUGAUCACCAUUUUUGAGAGAGCUUUGGCCUCAGAAUCACCGCCCAGACAAACAUCAA